AUGAUAACAAAACUGGAUUCAUUAAAAACCAAAGAAGUUUCAAAAUUGAUUGCUUGCAGAAAGCAUAUACAAUCCUACGAUACGAUGUAUAAAUUUUAUAACAGAGGUCUUUGGUCCUCAAAAUUGAAGCUUAGAUAUUAUAGAAAGAAGCAAAAAGCCUUCAGCGAAAUAGUUAAGAUUUUUACUUGUAACAGCAUCAAAUAUCAUACGGGUGCGAUCACCAAUGCAAAUAAAACCAUCAUUGCCUAUGGAGACGGAAGAUUUUCACUUACCAUGAGAGGCAAAAGAUCUGGACCUACAAAGGUUAUCAUAAAAGCUCUUCAAAAAUGUGAACAAAAUCGUGGCGUUACAGUCCAAAUGAUAGACGAAUACCUCACCAGUCAAGUCUGCAAUAAUUGCAAGAAAAGAAAUGUUGAAAAAGUUGUGCAACGAUCGGCAAAGCGAAGAGUACAUUCUGUAUUACAGUGUCAGGAAACCGCUUAUAAUAUCAUUUGGAAUCGCAAUAAAGAAACAAUGACGCUCAUCUUUCACCAUUCCAGCGUUCUGAAUCAAAAGAAUAAUUGCAAGUAUCGUGUGUCAUUGAUAUUACUCUUUGAUACACCAUGGGUAUUCGGUCUAUCCUAUACACCAUUACAGGAACAUGUAAACUGGAGUCGUAACACACAGAUCUUUCAGAGUUUUUACUACAAACCUACAACUAAAGCUUUGUUGGGUUCCCAUAUUACCAAAUCAGUCUGUACUACAGAAAACUCGACCAUAUUGGAAGUCGAAGCGAAAGUAACUGGGUAUGAUUAA